UUUCCGCCGCGCCGUUUUUAACGGUUGGAUGUGUUUGCGCCUGGUUCCAGGUUUGUGGCUCUCGUUCAAACGCUGUGGUAUAACUCACUGCUACCCAUAACGAUUGUAGUAUCCUGUCAUUCACUACCUAUGCCAUCUGCUGAUGAUGUAUCUCCCCGGUAGCGCUGCUGAUUCACAUCGAAAAUGUAAAUCAGUUGGGAGUCAAAUGCGUGAAAUUUGAAUCGACAGAAGCGGCGUAAAAGAUGGACGGAGGAAGAUUCAGUGUCCAGAAUUAGAAGCUUGAAGCAUGGGAGUGAAUGAUUUGUGGCAGAUAUUAGAGCCUGCUAAAGAAUAUGUUCCCCUCCAAAAUCUUAAAGGGAAAACGUUGGCCGUCGAUAUGAGCUUAUGGGUUUGUGAGGCUCAAACUGUGAAAGGCAUGAUUGGAACAGUUAUCAAGCCACAUCUCAGAAAUUUGUUUUUUCGUAUUUCAUGUCUCACUUUGAUGGAUGUGAGACUUGUCUUUGUGGCAGAGGGAAAUGCACCAAAACUGAAGGCUGAUACAAUGAAUAAACGGAAUGAGGCGAGGCGUGGUUUGUCCAAAAAGCAAGGAAGCUUUACUGUUGGAACAAAAAGAUCCCAUUUUAAAUCUGUCCUUAAAGAGUGUUGUGAACUGCUGGAUUGUUUAGGCAUCCCAUGGGUUUGUGCAGCUGGAGAGGCCGAAGCUAUGUGUGCCUACCUAAAUGAAAAUGGAUAUGUUGAUGGUUGUAUCACCAAUGAUGGUGAUGCUUUCUUGUAUGGAGCUCAAACUGUGUACAGAAACUUCACCAUGAACACAAAGGAUCCCCACGUAGACUGCUAUAAAAUGUCAACAAUUAACUCCAAAUUAGGCCUUGACCGAGAUGCAUUGAUUGGUUUCGCAAUUUUACUUGGCUGUGAUUACUUGCCAAAGGGAGUUCCAGGGGUUGGGAAGGAACAGGCUUUGAGAUUGAUUGAAGCAAUGAAUGGACAGAGCCUCCUACAGAGGUUUAAAUUCUGGAAACUAGAGUUUGAUGGUUUUACUACUCAUGAUCCAGCUGUGGAAAAGAAAGCACACUGCUCUGUGUGCCGACACCCAGGAUUAACCAGUGAGCAUGUAAACAAGGGCUGUCAGUUGUGUGCAACUGUUCAAUGCUGUUCACUGCAUGGAGAUGACUACCUCUGUCCAUGUGAUUGGCAUGAGGCAGAACAGAAGAAAAAAUCCAACAUGGUGGAGAACAACAUAAAAAAAAAAGCAAGAGCUUGUACGCAUUUCCCAUUUGAAGAGGUGAUCAGAGAGUUUCUUAUCAGUAAGGACCAACUAAUUCAGCGUAUUCAAUGGAAACGUCCAAAAUUGCUUUUACUUCAGAAUUUUGCCCUGGAUAAAAUGGAGUGGCCUAGACACUAUACAUGUGAGAAAGUGCUGAUGUUACUUUCACACCACGAUAUGAUGGAAAGAAAAUUGGGAAGAAUAGACCCAUGUCAUUUGCAGCCAAUGAGCAUUGUCAAAACAAGAAUUCGAAAUGGGAUUCCCUGUUUUGAAAUUCUAUGGGGAAAGCCAGAGCAUUAUGUUACCUCAAGUGAUCAAUUUGAAGAUUCUCAGAAAACUGUGACAACCAUAGAAGAUCAAGUUUCCUUUCAGGCAGCAUACCCAGAUAUGACUGUUUUAUUUUACAGGCAGAACACUGAAAAGAAGAAAAUGCAAAAAAGUAAAAGCAAGAGAAAAGAAAGGGUAGCUCCUUUGCCUGAUGAAAUCACACAUCUACUGGCUGAAAUGAAUUUACAAUCUUCCCAUGGUUCUGGAAUUGCAACAGGAAGUGAACCUGUUCAAAAAAGUGCAAGUCAAGAGAUGAAUCGCUCCAAUACCCAUCAACAUAGUCCUUCCCUUAGCUUUUGUACUGAAGGAUCUCAAGAAUGCCAAGAAUUCUGUGAAAAAUCUAAUGAAAUUACACAACCUGACGUUAAACACACUGCAGAAAUAAUAAAAUCUGACAGUGAGUCUUUAUCUCUUAAAGAAUUAGAAAAUGAGCAUGGUACCAGUGCCUUAUCCCCUUCUGCAUCUAUGAUAGUUGCAGAGUUGGAUUUGAGUGGCAUUGAUUGGACUCAGUCAUUCAGUACACCACGAUCGGACCGUACUCCGAUAACUCCAGCAGAAACUUCUGAGCAAGUUCAUCCAGUAAUUAAUGAGAAGUCCUGUGUUCCUGCAGACUAUAGCAGUAAACUAAAAGAAGACAAAACAUGGAAAGAAAAUGCUGCAGUGCUGAAGCAGGAUCUACUUCGAAAGAAUGUGGCAGAAUUAUGUAAGAAAGAUGCAUCUAUGCUGCCUGAUCUUUAUCAUCUAUCUUUAAAGGAUCGAAUUCUAUUGAAAAACUCUCAUCAGUUUUUAUCUCUGCAUCGAUCGGAUCCUAAUUCUAGUGGAACCCUGCCAUAUUCUUUUAAUUAUAAAAAUGAUGCACCAUUUCAAGGAAAACUUACAAAUGAAUCAACGUUUUCCAAUAAAGAGAGAUUCAGUGGUUGUGACUUAUCAGAAACUCAAUGCAUUCAGCAAGAGAAAAAAGAAAUUUACAUUUCUGACCCAACUACAAUUCAACAUGUCAGGCUAUUAACUGCAGUAGAAAAUCAAAAUUUAACAUGUUCAAGAGAGCAGGUUUUUGGAACGAGUGAUCCAGCUAUGUAUUCACACCGAGCUUCAAAGACAGAUAGUAGCUCAUUGAGACUGAAGAAAAGUAAAACUGUGAAACCACACAGAAUGAAACAUAAGAAUGGAACUAUCUCAACAUUUCAGAAGAAAAGUGUUUGUCGCAAAAUGUCGUCGUCCAGUGAAGAUAGUGAUAUUGAGAAUACGAGAAUAAUACAAAAAUGUGGCUUCAAAUUCAAAGCUAUAAAUAAUAUUGUGAUGACACCCUCCAUUUCAAAUCAGAGUCAAGCAUGGGCUCAGCAGACCAAAUCCAGAGCUGCCAUUAAUAGAAUAGAUGACACCAAGGUAGCUACUGGCCAUACUCAACUCAAAGUGGUCAGCAGUUUUGAUGUUGAGAAAACUGAGCAAACUCAACUAACACAUAAGCAAAGAGAAACUUUUAGCAAAAGCAGUGCUGUUCUGCCAAGACUUGAACUGAGUGCUGUACAGAAUCCUAAGCAGCUCAGUGAUAAUGAAGAUUCUAUUAUAGUAAUAAGUGACAGCUCCCUUCCACUUUCAGAAGGGUUAGAUCUUUGACUGCACAGUAUUUGAAUAGUUACUCAAUUGCAUGCUCCCAAAAUCAGGUUCUCCAGAAUUUUGUUGUUGUUUUUAAGUUAGGUUUUAGGUAUUUUAGAUGUCUCAUCAGAAAAAAGCCUUCACCAUAUACAUUCUCCCCUCAACGUUUUUCAAUAAAAUUGGUAACUAAAUGCUGUAAACUGCCCAUUGUUUAAUAUUAACUCAGCUGUAAAUUGAAAAAAAGAAUGAUUGUAAGUUUAAAA